AUGUCGAUGUUCUCAUACAUUUGUUUAUGCACCGUUGCAAUCGCCCUGUCUCUGGCAGGGUGUUCUAGCGAUAGUAGCAGCACUGCUGCUCCUACGACAGUCCCUGCGGUGUUCACUACUGGUGGCAAGGAUGAUCACUUCAUGGCCCCUACAACAGCCGAUGGUUUCGACACUCCCUCGUCCUCUCAUGGCGGAGGAGAUGAUGCCUACUGCUCCGGUGAGCCCGCUGGCGAGUACUGUGGCAAGAUUAACGGCGAUAUGGCUCGAAUCCUCAUUGAGGAACACGUGUUCUAUUUCAACUAUGAGUCUAAGGUCGACCUCAAGAACGUACCCUUCCAUAUAUACGACUGCAAGGACUUCGAGCCCGAUUAUUCCAGUGGAGCGAUGGACAGUGUGGCCGAAGAAUUUGGCCUUACUACGGAUCAGCUCCGUCAAAUACUUACUAUCACUUACAGCCUCUCUAGUGAUAGCUUCCACUUGGACUGGAAGCCGAAAGUUUCGGUAAGCAUGACUCAUGAUGCUUGCGAACCCGAGAACAGUAAGAAACAUCAUGGUUACUAA